UAUAGAUAGAUAUCCUUUAACUUAUCAGUUCUUUUAUACGACAAUGAAAAAUUUAACAAGUUAUGCUAUUGAAUUAACCAACUCCGUUUUCACUGGAAUUGCCAGGAAUGUCGUACUGCCAUGCAAUGCAAACGAGGUGAUAGUCAAAGUGUGUGAUGCCUAUACCUUAUGUGUUAAUGCAACCCAACCAGUUGAUGCACGAUGCACCAAACUUGGAACAACUCAAGGAAUUUCUAGCUUGAAAAAAUUAAUCACUUCUGGUUAUUGCCUUAGAGCCUGGUCUGUGGUCGAGAAUUUAAAGGAAGUUUUGAUUGAACAGGAUUCUAUGCAGCUACUAAAUACAGUGAUCAAAGAGAUUGAGGAUUGUUAUAUAAAAAUAAUAGAACAGUAUCAAAAUAUAUUUCAUGAUGGCUCAGAUCAACAAGCUGAAGAACUAGAAGGACAAAGAGAGAUAAUGAGUGAUUUCCAAUCAGAUAAUUUCACUGACUACAUGAAAGUUGAAUUACUUGCAUUCCAGGAUGCAAUUUUUCAGUCAUUUAAAAUACUGGGAUCACAAGAAGACGUUCUGCUUUUCCCCAAGACUUUAACAGUAACAUUACUAACAACUCAUUGUCAUGUAUAUUCUGGCAGCACAUCAAAUAUAACAAUAUCUUCCAGAGAAAAAUCCUCACAAGUUAGUGAUACAUCACUUAAAAGCAACGCUUCCAGUGGUUCUAUAUCAAAUAUAUCUGUGUUUUAUGGAAUUCCAUAUGUCCCACCUGUGUCUACAGUUGAUUCUUCUAUAAAAACAACAACCACCUUUACAGAAAAUUCUACAUUAAACGAAAACAUACCACCAAUUGAACCUGACUUCCCAAGAGACGGAUUACAAAUUAGGCCUGUGUUUUUCGGAAUGCCACAUCUCCCACCUGUGUCUACAGUUGAUUCUUCUAUAAAUACAACAACCACCUUUACAGAAAAUUCUACAUUAAACGAAAACAUGCCACCAAUUAAACCUGUCUUCCCAAGAGAAAGAUUACGAAUUAGGCCUGUGUUUUUCGGAAUGCCACAUCUCCCACCUGUGUCUACAGUUGAUUCUUCUAUAAAUACAACAGCCACCUUUACAGAAAAUUCUACAUUAAACGAAAAUAUACCACCAAUUAAACCUGACUCCUCAAGAGAACAUUUACCAAAUACGCAAGUGCUUUUUGGAAUGCCGUAUGCCCUAAGAAUUUCUGCAGAUAUGUCUUUGUCUACAAAUACAUCAACUACCCCGAUACAAAAUGCUACUUCUUCAAAUACAAUAACCAGCUUAAUACAAAAUACUAGAUUAACUAGUAACUCGUCAUCACUUAAAUCCGUAGCAGAGGAGGAUUUUGCAAAUUUGGACCAUCAUUCUGAACCAAUGCCAAUUUAUUCUUCAAAUGGAUCAUUGACAUAUAAUACUCCAAGAAAGAGAGUUCUUGAAAAUGACAUUCCAGUAUUAAGCAAGAUAGUAACAUUUCUGUUACAUUUACCUCUGAAUGUUCUGACGCAUUCAUCAAAUACAUCUUCAAACUUUGGUACUAAUAGUAUUCAUUCAAAUUAUGGUUAUCAAGAUAAUGUUUCAAUAGUAAAAGGACCAGUGGAGCUAGCUCUAACUAAAUUGCCUUUACCAAAUGCUUUCUUUGAUUUAACCACAUCAAAAAGUAUAGCUUGUGUUCAGGAUGGUAAUUGUGAAACAAUGUUAGAGAAGUCAGUUUCUCACAAACUGUUUAGACCCCAAUAUUCAAAUCGUUUAACUAGCUCUGGUGACUUCCAGUCUCAUUAUGAAAGCCGUAGUGAUAUGAUGCCAUUAGCAUUGGAUGAUGCCAAAUUCCAGACAAAUAUUUCAAGUGAAAGCUACGAAAAUAUUACGCCUGAAAAUGGAACUUUACAUAGAAAUAGUUCCCAUUCGGUACAUCAUGUCCUGAAAAAAAGACAAUCAGCUUCAGAUACACUUCAAGGAACCGAUGCUCUUCACGAAAAACUAGAAUCGCCAUUGAUAUAUUUCGGAAAUGAAGAUUUUGCAGGUCAAGAUUGCGUUUUCCGUAUUUCUCAGAAAAAGGUGAGGAAUUUACUGGAGGAGAUGAUGUAUCAACUUCAAUGGGACUUGGAUCACACUGAUAAGAAAGUAGAACUUGGUGCAGUCCAAGUGUCUCACAAUACAAAAGAUAAAUCCAUAAAUAUAACCCAGAAAUCGAGGCAAUCAUAUCAGACAACUGUCUACUACAGUAGAGAUGCCGGGAAUUAUUUAGUAUCAGCCACUUGGACAACUAUGUUAGAGGAGUAUAAGAGUAGGAAUCGGACUUUUCGAGAGGUGGUGGAAUAUGAAAUUCGAUGGGAUUUCGAUGAUUCACAUGAUAUUAUGGCUGCUGGAUUAGUCACAGAAUAUCAAAGUAAAAUUAUUUCCAGAGGAAGCUGUCAGACUCUACUUCAGCCUGAUGGUAUAUUUUAUCAACUUGAGCAGAAAAACAGAGUCCUUUACCUCAAAACUCCAUGGCAUCACAUGACAAUGAAAUGGAUAUCCAUGUUUCAUGAAAGGUCACUUUAUAUAACUUUCACAUUUUCUACAGAAUACUCCACUUGUCCAGAUAAGAGUAUUUGUCAGACACUGUGUAUCUCUGUAAAACAGUUUUCUUUGGAAGCUGCAACAUAUGUUUUUCCAAGGCCUGACAGCAAGUUGAUUAGUGAAGUAAUCAGCAUAAUGCCAAGCUAUUCAGAAAAAGGUGCCAUGUUCUGGGGAAAAGAAUUUCAAAUUAGUAUAGCCUUUCCAAUACUUACUUAUGAUGAAAAUGCUAAGUGUUCCAGAUGGAAUGGUAAAAUAUGGGAAGAUAAUUACUGUCAAAUUCUGGAAAUAAGAUCAAAUUCUCUUGCUUGUAUGACGUUUUUCCCGGGAUUCUACGGAAUCUUCACUUCUCAGAAAAGCAAUGGAAAUACAGAGUUUGCAAAAGUUGAUAGAAACACAUUCACCCUGUAUAAUGGUACUAACCCAGUUGCUGUUCAGAUAACUCUAAUCAGUUUAAAUGGGCAGUUGAGAAAGCAGCAAGGAUUGAUAAACCACAUCCAGGUUCAGCUGGCAGCGAUUCUCGGAGUACACACCACAAGAAUUGGCAAUGUUAGGCUUCUAGAAGAUCCAAUGCAAAUUCAAUUUACUAUCCUUCCUGCCUCCGGUUCCUCAAACUUGGAAACUUCAGCAGUCGAAGCUCUACGAACGCUGUCUAAGAGAGUUAACGCUGAGACGCUAAACCUAACAGAUAUUGCAGGUUACACACUACUGGCUUUGCCCCACAGCCUUGUUUUAUUAGAACCUGAUGAUGAAUAUUUCAAUAAAGGCACUGAAUCUGCAGCAGAAAGCACGACUUCUUUUGGAAAGUUCAAAACGCUUAUUGCGUUGCUUUGUGGAUUGAUUGGAGUCGUAUUGGUGCUAACUGGGCUGAUUAUUUUAAAGAAAAGAUGCAGAAAGUCAGCAUCAGUAAGUGUUGCUCCCGCUACCUUUCCGUCAUCAGUUAAUGAGGAAAAAAAGUAUUAGAAUUCGUGUUGAAUACCCUACACAUUCCCCUAGAAUUGCUGUGAUAUUCAUUUAGUAUGCUGUGAUGUUGAAGUCACCUAUAAUUGCUGUGAUGUUCAUUUAGUGUGCUGUGAUGUUGAAGUCACCAAUUAUUCUCAGAAGAUCAAUGAUUUGUUUCGUCGAACACUUCUUUAGUUGUAUGACAUUCAACUAAGACUAUUCACCUUCCGUGAACCUCAAUGAUUUAUUUUAACUAAAAUUUCUGUGAUGCUUACCUCAUGUUCUGUAAUGUUGAAGACUACUCAUUGUUCUUCCCAAAGAUUUAUUGACUUGUUUCUUUAGUUGUGUCUACAACAUUAACCUUGAGCUCUAAACCUCUAUAGUUGAACUACGGAUUUUCACAGAAUAUUAACAAAUUAUUCUUACCGAAACUGUUGUGAUUUUAACUAAUGUAUUCUGAUCGUUAAGACUGCCUUUAAUUAGCCUGAGAUAAAUUAUUGUUAAUUUAACUGUUGUGAUUUUGAUCGUAUAUUUGCUGUGAUAAGAGUGAUUUACUGCAUUGUUUUUGAAGGCUUUUGUUUUAACCCAUCGUUUAAUUAAUAAUAGCUCAUUUUACAUCACAGUUUAUAAAUUUUCCAGGCUUAUCCUUUAUAUUUUUUAUAUCCUGAAAUAGCUAAUUUGCUUAAUAUAUAAGCUGCAUGCACUUACAAGAAAUUGUGUUUACGCAAAUAACAAUAAAUAGAAUAUUAUAAACAGCCAAAAAUAGUAUAAAGGUUAUUUGAAAUACUUCAAGAUUCCAGGUAGUUAAAUCAAUAUUACUUGUCAGGUUUAAUUUUUCUAACUCUAGUUUUC